CUCAUCGUGAAGAUAGACUUACUAAAUCAGAAGAAAUAGUAACUCAACAAACCACACCAUUAGAUAAUAUAGAAUUGCAACCUGUUCAAGAAUUGCCUAUUCACGAAGAAGGAUUUCUAGAUUUAGAUGUAGAAGUACCAUGGCCAGUUCGAUUUCCAUAUAAUGAAGAGCAUCGUGUAAUAUGGCAAAAUGGAAUUCAGACCGCAAAGAAUAUGUUUAAAGUAGAUGGAGCCGAAUAUGCUUUCUCAACCUGGUUUACAGAAGCUAAAGAGAUAGAUUUGGCCAGUGUAAUAUUAGGAGUAGAAAAUGAAGAUGAAGCUAUGCAGGAGGUAUAUUUACAAUGCCUAUAUCGGAAUUAUUUAGAAGAAGAAGAAAUCAAUGAAAUCAUAAAAUUGGCAGUAGAUGCUUAUAGAGCAUCAGAUAAAGAAAGUAAAGCCUGGUUAGAACAUGUGGAACAAGAAAUAGAAUCAAAAAAAUUUGAGGCUGGGAUGACUGAAAAGCGGGCUCAAGAAAUUUUAAAUGCGAUUGAUAAUGGCGAGUUCUUAAUAAGGCCUAUUCGUGAAUCAAAAAAGGCAGGUGGAAAAUACGUCGGGGGUGGUCCAAAUGUUAUACUUACAAAGAAAACGAAACCAGGAUUUUGGGUAGGAAUAGAUGAAAAAUUUUUGGUUAGAGAAGUCAGUGAGCAAUCUGAG